AUGACUGCAGUAUAUCUGAUAAAUAGAAUUCCCUCUAGAAUAUUAGGUGGAAAAUGUCCAUUUGAGCUGGUAUUCAACAAAGCCCCAUCACUGGAUCAUCUUAGAGUAUUUGGAUGCCUUUGCUAUGCCGCAAAUUUGAAGAAAAGGGACAAGUUUUCUGCCAGGGCUAUUCCUGCAGAAGAUAGUUUCCCAUUUAUGCAGCAGCCAGGUGAAUGCAAUUCAAGUUCAACUAUUCCAUCCACAGAUCAAGAUCACAAUACACAUAUUACUGGCCCUGAUGCUCUAUCUCCAACAACCAUUUUUCCAAUUGAUGAACCUUCAGUUGAUGUAAUGCCCACAUAUCCACCACCUCCAGAUAUACAAGAGGACAUGUCACUCAAUAGUCCCAUUGAUGUUGCUUCCCCUACAUCCCAUAGUAUGGAUUCUCAUAAAUCAUCUACUGUUGAUUCUAUUCUACACUCACCAGCACCAUUACCUCAACAUAAAGGCAAUUUUGAACCUCGCAGAAGCUCUCGAACUUCUAGACCUCCUAUCUGGAUGCAGGAUUAUGUAGGUAACCAAAAGAAUGCCUACCCUAUUUCCAACUCUGUCAGCUAUCUCCAUUUGAAGCCUCACUACUCCAAAUGUUUGGCUACUUACUCUUUUGAGACAGAAACAAAAACUUUUGCUGAAGCUGCUAAGGAUCCUAAGUGGGUUGAUGCCAUGCAAUAA